AUGCCCCCCUGGGCCCUCUUGGUGGUCAUCUCCUACCUCCUCCCGGUCCCCCAAUACCUGGCACAAGUCACCAGCCAAGAUGCCUCCUCGCUGGCCUUGGACUCAGAGUCCCUGAACUGCUUCUCUCGAACCUUUGAGGACCUCACUUGCUUCUGGGAUGAGGAAGAGGGAGCGCCCAGUGAAAUGUAUCAGCUGCUGUAUGCCUAUCCAGGGGAGCAGCCCCGCACCUGCCCCCUGAGUUCCCAGCAUGUGAUGCCCUUUAGAACCCGAUACGUGUGCCAGUUUCCGGCCCAGGCUGAAGUUCGCCUCUUCUCUCAACUGCACCUCUGGGUGAAGAACGUGUUUCUGAACCAGAAUCUGACCCAGCGGGUGCUCUCUGUGGAUGCCGUGGGCCUGCCAACUCCCCCCAGUCUCAUCAAGGCCAUGGGUGGGAGCCAGCCAGGGGAACUUCAGAUCAGCUGGGAGGCCCCAGCUCCCGAAAUCAAUGAAUUUCUGAGGCAUGAACUGCGCUAUGGCCCCAAGGGCCCCGGGAACUCGACUGGCCCCACAGUCACACAGCUGCUGUCUGCAGAAACCUGCUGCCCAGCUCGGCGGAGACCAAACCUAGCCGCAACCCUGGACCAGUCUCCGUGUGCCCAGCCCAUGAUGCCUCAACAGACUGGACCAGAGCAGACCUCCCCACCUAGAGAAGCUCCAUCUCUGACAACGAAGGGUGGCAGCUGCCUCAUCUCAGGACUCCAGCCUGGUAACUCCUACUGGCUCCAGCUACGCAGCCAACCUGAUGGGGUCUCUCUCCGUGGUUCCUGGGGAUCUUGGUCCCUCCCUGUGACUGUGGACCUGCCUGGCGAUGCAGGGGAAAUUGGACUACAAUGCUUUACCUUGGACCUGACGAAUGUUACCUGUCAGUGGCAACAACAGGACCAUGCCAGCUCCCAAGGCUUCUUCUACCACAGCAGGGCAUGGUGCUGCCCCAGAGACAGGGACCCCGUCUGGGAGAAGUGUGAAGAGGAGAAAAACUCAGGAUCACAGUCCUCCCAGUUCUCCCGCUGUCACUUCAAGUCACAAAAUGACAGUGCUAUUCACAUCCUUGUGGAGGUGACCACAGCCCAGGGUGCUGUUCACAGCUACCUGGGCUCCCCUUUCUGGAUCCACCAGGCUGUGCUCAUCCCCACUCCAAACUUGCUCUGGAGGGAGGUCUCCAGCGGGCAGCUGGAACUGGAAUGGCAGCAUCCAUCAGCCUGGGCAGCCCAAGAAACCUGCUACCAGCUCCGAUACACAGGAGAAGGCCAUCAGGACUGGAAGGUGCUGGAGCCACCUCUUGGGGCCCAGGGAGAGACCUUGGAGCUGCGCCCGCGCUCCCGCUACCGCGUACAGCUGCGCGCCAGGCUCCAUGGCCCCACCUUCCAAGGUCCCUGGAGCUCUUGGUCCGACCCAGUGAGGGUGGAGACGGCCUCGGAGACGGUCUGGAUCUUCCUGGUGACUGCUCUGCUCCUGGUCCUGGGCGUCAGCGCCCUUCUGGGCCUGCUGCUGCUGAGGUGGCAAUUUCCUGAGCACUACAGGAGCCUGAGGCAUGCCCUGUGGCCCUCACUUCCAGACCUACACCGGGUCCUUGGCCAGUACCUUAGGGAUACUGCAGCCCUGAGUCCGCCCAAGGCUGCAGUCUCAGAUGUCUAUGAGGAAGUGGAACCCAGCCUCCUUGAAAUUCUACCUAGAUCCUCAGAGAAGGCUCCCUUGCCCCUGUGUCCCUCCCAGGCCCAGCUGGACUACCGAGGAUUGCAGCCUUCUUGCCUGGGGACCAUGCCCCUGUCUGUGUGCCCACCAAUGGCUGAGCCAGGGUCCUACUGUACCACUCACAUUGCCAACCAUUCCUACUUACCACUCAGCUGCUGGCAGGUCCCUCGCUCCCAGUACCCUGGACAGAUCCAAACUCUGUAGUCCUCCCUCCUGAACUUCCUAACCCAUCCUGUCCCAACAACCACCAUCUCAGAUCUCACGUCCUUCCCUGUUGUCUACCCUUCUGGCUGGACUUCAUAGCACUGAUCUUUCACCAAUGCUGCUGGCAUCAACCUGGGACUCUUUCUCCUCAGGCAAGGCUCGCUUGACUAAGCCCCUCUAACUUUCACCUCCUUUCUCUCUGCUCUUUAACACCAAAGUCCUUGAAAAGGAGUCUCCGCUUCCCAACUCCAUUUGCUCCUCAGACUGCUUCAAUUUAUUCCCCUGCUACCACUCUGCUAAUAAAACUACUCAGGCAAAGCUCACCUCAAGCUUUCU